AAUUACUUGCCUUGCCCCGGGUGCUGACAACCCACGCUACGCCACUGAGAACAUGAAAACUUGAACAAUAUUUUAUGAUAUUUUGGUUGGCCUAAGGAAGGAAGGUAUUCUCCCAGUAUGAAUUUUUGAUUUUAUUUUUUAUGGGCCAAAACCUUUUGACUGCAGGAAUACCUCCAUCCCCUGCAGAGGCUACAACCAGUUUUGCAUUGUCUGCCAGGACGACUAACACAACCCGACGGCAGCUCCAUAACGCCUGCGCAACUUGUACGUUUCAUUUGUAAACAAGGUCGUCUGUUUUAAAGGCACCAAGUAGCCCUGGGUCAAAUGAAUUUCUGGCUUAACCGCAAUAAAACGAAGAGGCAAUGUAAGUCUUUAGUGAGCUUUGCUCCAAAGAAAACCGUCGGGGAGACAACGGCAGGCAAUAAAGGGCCAGUCUAAACUCCACACUAAACAAAGUUGACUUCUUCCGUCUUAAUAACAGCAAGCUGGAUGUCCAAAGACAGCAAACUGCUUUUCUUGCCGAUUCAAGGGACUCUAAAGGGGAAAGUGUUGGGAGGUUUUGAAAGAGAGAUGGGGCUCUAAGAGAUGAGGCUGAAAAUCCACCCCUUUGCAGCUGACUUGACCAGUCUGUGAAUCCUUGGAGGAGGAGAAGGGUAGUGGAGGAGGAGGAAAAGAGAGAUUCCCCUUUCCCAUCCGGCUCGCGGUUCCGUUUCCGUCGCCGCCACUUCCCUGCUCCUCCAACAGCAGCAAAGAACUUGUGUGAAGUUGCCCGAGGGAACCGGGCAGGAGGAGGCCGCCAGGCUACCUAAGCAGACCUCUUUCCACGGUGGCGAAGCCGAGCGUAAUGAAAGGAGAUCAGCCAGCAGCCCUUGGGGACCACCGUCCUACCGCUCGCCAGGAUCCACCUCGACACACAUCGGACACCACUUUGCACGGCAAGAUGCAGAGGUGUACCUGUCUCCUCUUUGCCUCCUUGAUCUUCUGCGCUGCCGUCUCAGAGACUUUCGGGCUGGUGUUAUCCGCUAAAGAGAAAAGGGGAUGGACUGUGAAUAGUGCUGGUUAUCUGCUUGGUCCAAGUCGUGUUGCUCAGAUCCUCAAGAAAAUGUCCCGCGCAAAGGGGACAGAAGAGCCACCUGGGGAACGUGCAAUUGACAAAGUUUUUAAUACCCAGCCUGGUCUAGCUGGUAAACGUGACAUACAGCUUGAAGGAAAUACAAAAGCAGGUAUUUUGGGAAGACCACUGACCGAUGACAAUGUUUUGCGUAUGGUAAUUGAAUUUUUGACAUACUUACACCUUAAAGAAGCUGGGGUUCUUGAUGACAUACCUGCAACACUUUCUUCAGAAGAAACAAAUCAGUCUUGAAAGAGAACGUAUUUAUACUCUGUGUUAUAAAUUCCCAACAUCUAAUCAGAACUUUGAACAAAAUAUGGCAUUGUAUUCAUCUUGUACGUUCUUCCUCAUUGUCAACUUCUUUUUGUCUUUUAUUUCUUUGGUGAUGUUACACUGUAAAAAAAAAAAAUCACUGAUAAAAAAUUACUUUCGAUAAAUGACAUAAUAAAAAAAUAG